ACCUAGUAGUCACCUCUAGUAGACAGUGACUAGGCACUGCCUCUGCGAGGGUCUUACCGAGGUACAGUUACUACAUUAGUAGUACAAAGAUAUUGGAGUUCCCUACUCAUAUUCUCCGUAGAACAUCUAUCAUGAUUAACUAGACCCUACAGAAUCUGGAGUAUGUAAUGGCUUGAUGAACAAACAAUAAAGAGCGCCGGUCGAGGAGGCUGAAAGUCAAGAUAAGAAGGAGCGGGCGUGGCUCACGUGGGCAGCGGUUUCCCAAAAGAGAAAUCCAACAGCAGUCCCAACAACCUGAGAGAGACUGGCAGCCAGUUUGCUUGAACCAACACUCUCAAAUACCAUCUUUGGAUAUAAUACUACAAAUAACCGGCUGAAGACGGCCCGCGAGAUGGAGAGAAUAACGAAUGAUCCAGUCCACAGCUGGCUCUUGGGAGUCGACGACGAAGCCGUUCAGUCACGAUCAACCGCACAGAUCCCACCCUAUCUGUGGACCACUAAAGGUCUUGAAAAUGAUUCCCCAAAAAAGUAUCGCAAAUCUGCCUCUGAGGUAUUGGGCCAACCUAUCAGAAACGACCGGAAAAGAGCCCGCUCGGUCGAAGAUACAGAAGACUAUCCAAGAAUUGAAUCCUUCGAGACGACGACAGACAUUGAGGACCAAACGAGGGACAAGUAUCGCAAGAAGCCGCGACACAAGCCACACCCAGAUCACUACGCGUAUAAGAAAGCUCAGACAAAUCAAGCUGAUGGCUCGAAGAGCAGAAAAAAGAGGAAGGAACAGGCCUCAAAGUUUUUGAGUGAAGAAUUCCAUGCCCCCAACGUGAUGCAUGGUCGACUAACGCUUCCGGCCACCCCAAGUUUCGGUUUCUUUCAAAGAGGUAAAAUCUCAUCACUAGCAAGAUAUGAUAGAGGAAAACAGCGUCACCAAAACAGUAUGUCUUUGGCAAACAACGGAUCUAGAGUCGUUGGUACCGACUUGGUGCUGUCAAAUUUUCCAUUGGAGUAUUUUAAUACGACUCGCGGGGCCCAGGGAUCACCGAGAAGCAUCCCCAUGGACGUGCAAAGUCCGAGAAAUCGAGUUUCAGAAUCCCACCGUUCUUCUCCAGGGAAAAGAAUAUUUCCCAAUCUGAGAGCUCCAGAGUCUCAAUCAGCAAGGCAGAAAGUUUCCAGAACUUUGAGCCCGACGAUGCUCUAUAGUUGGCCGGAACUCCCAGAAAGGGAUAUGGGGACGAAUGACGCGGUGGACGAGACUCUGAAUAAUCUGUUACUCUCUGGAUUGAGUUUGCAGGAUACCUCAAAUGAAGACAAAAGUGAACAGCACAGAGCAUACUUGUACCUUGCAGACCUAAAGCAGAUGCUUGACCAACGGAAAGAAGAAUGGCAAGCAUCAUCGGGAAACGUAACAGUAGUCGACAAAAUCCAAGCCCAUCCGCAAACCCACCAGAGUGCAGGGCUGUCGGCAUUGAAGGGGGAUGUUCACCGGGAACAGCCGCUGCAAGUUCAAUUACGAGAUGACGCUUUUCUUCAGGUUGCAGGAACGCCACAGAAACCAAGAGGCAUUAAAGCACAUGAAUACGAUAUCCAUGAUCAAUAUAUCUACUCCCCGUCGACCAAUCUUUACCAGGAUAAGAUGCUUCAAGAUGAGAAUGUCAGAUUUAGUCGCUUCCCACGGCCAAACAGACAAGCCAACACAUCUAGCCAAAGAUAUGAGCGGCCUGCAGGGCACAUCACGUCCAUGCUGCCUAUCUACGAAGACACUACAUCUCGAUCCCUCGAUUCCAUAUUCGAUACCAUGCUAUCUCCACAGAGAAAAGCAAGGGAAAACUCCCUGCUGGCUAGUCGUACAGACAGGGAUUUCAAGGUCAAUCAAUCGCUGUAUCCUGAACAGCAGCACCCAACAGCUCACUUGGAGGACAUCGCGCCGGCCAACUUUUGGCGACAGAAUCGGCUGUAUUGAACUUCAGAAUAUUGAAGUAUUUGUCAGGUUUUUAUUGGUAUCAGAAAGAUUGGUAUACAGGCUAAAAGCUGUAGCUAGUACUCCGUGCCAAACCAAUUACUAAAAUGCAACAGGUCAUACCGCUGGCUGUUGACUUUAUUCU